UGCCUGGCUGGGAUUAUAUACAUCAUUCCUCAUCCCAUCUUCUGUGAUUGGGGUGAUAGUGUUUCUUUAUGGAUGUGCAACAGUCGAAGAAGAUAUUCCUAGCAAAGAGAUGUGUGACCAGCAGAAUGCCUUCACCAUGUGUCCCCUGUGUGACAAGUCCUGUGAUUACUGGAACCUCAGCUCAGCCUGUGGUACGGCACGGGCCAGCCACCUGUUUGACAACCCUGCCACGGUCUUCUUCUCCAUCUUUAUGGCUCUGUGGGCUACUAUGUUUCUAGAAAACUGGAAGAGAUUACAGAUGCGACUGGGCUACUUCUGGGACCUGACUGGUAUAGAAGAGGAAGAAGAGCACUCCCGGCCUGAGUAUGAAGCCAAAGUUCGAGAGAAAAUGCUAAAGGACAGUGACAAGUCAGUUGUCCAGAAAUUGGGAACGAAGAUGACUGAGAAUGAAGAUGAGGAUGACGAAGAUAAGCUGACCUGGAAAGAUCGUUUCCCAGGUUACUUGAUGAACUUUGCCUCCAUCUUAUUCAUGAUUGCCCUGACCUUCUCGAUUGUCUUUGGGGUCAUUGUGUAUCGGAUCACCACUGCAGCUGCUCUGUCUCUCAACAAGGCCACACGCUCCAAUGUCCGGGUAACAGUGACAGCAACGGCAGUCAUCAUCAACCUCGUGGUCAUCCUCAUCCUGGAUGAGAUCUAUGGCGCUGUGGCCAAGUGGCUCACCAAAAUUGAGGUUCCAAAAACAGAACAGACUUUUGAAGAGCGCCUGAUACUCAAAGCUUUCUUGCUAAAGUUUGUCAAUGCCUACUCGCCCAUCUUCUAUGUGGCCUUUUUCAAGGGGAGGUUUGUGGGCAGACCUGGAAGCUAUGUUUAUGUGUUUGAUGGUUACCGCAUGGAAGAGGCAAGUACAGCCACUGGUGUUUCAUGCCUGGCUAGUGGUUUGUAG